UUCCACUCCCAGAAGAUUUACUUACCAAAUUCUGUGAACUUAUCCUACUAUUAUGUGUAUAUAGAUUCUUUAGGGUUCUGCAAUGGCUGAUUCUUAUCGGUUAAACCCACCCACUACAAGGCCCUUCCAAUGAUAUCUCUGAAGGGAAUUGAAGUGAUUGCAGAAUCUAGUACAGCAACUUCAAUGUAAUGAUGUUCCAUCAGAGUCUGUGUUUUAACGAGAAACGUAACAAUGAAGGAGAAUUCAUUGCCAUCCAGAGCAUUAAAGAAAUCACCAAAUGUGCUUUGGAUGGUUCUAAUAUUUGCAGUUGUUGUGACUGGAUUUUACAUCCGCUUUGUAAGCUUCAACCAUGUAAUAAUGCCACUAAAACCAAAAGAAUUACCAAUUCCAGGGAGUACUGGGGCACUUUGUGAGCUUCCUGAAUUGCCUUCUGAAGAAAUUCGCUUCGUGCAUUUUCCUCGUCCGAGGACUUAUAGCAGGGAGGAAUGUGUGUGUAACCCAGUGAGGAAUUUCGUUCUGUUAUCCAUGCAGAGAUCUGGAAGUGGGUGGUUUGAAACCUUAUUGAACAGUCACCCAACAUUAGUUCAAAUGGGGAAAUAUUUUCUGUAAAGCACAGAAAAAGCAAUUUUUCAACUAUUAAAAGUACUUUAGAUACUGUCUAUAACUUAGAGUGGAUUAGUAGUGCUGCAAAAAAUGAGUGCUUGGGUGCUGUUGGAUUCAAGUGGAUGCUGAACCAGGUUUG